GAACUUGGCGCGAACCCACUUCUGGUUUUUAAGUGAAUUUACUUCACUCCAAGAGAGAUCAGGCUUGCUAAGAGCGUUUUUUUUCUUAAAUUGAAAGACCAUCAGCAGUAUAAAAUUUUUAUUUGCAUGACAACAGGCCACCACCACUAGCGAACUGCUGUCAUGCGAUUACGACACGGUACAGUGAGUUGUUGGUGGAGCUCUUGCUCACAAAUUUUCCAUCGAGUUGUUGACUUUGCGUACUUCUACAAGAACGACAUCUCAUAGUUUUUUGUCCCUAAGAAGCCAUUUAACGACAGCUUCCAACCCACAAUCUUCGAAUAAGAUUACCAAGAUUUAAAAAGGCAUGGUUUAUCGCCUCAGAGACUGCCACUAAAACAAAAUGGAGCUACAACCAUUUCGAGAAGAGCAGUUAAACUAUUUCAAAUUUGCCUCCAUUGCUCUCAAUGAGUUCCCAAAAGCCUUACGUCAGACGUUCAAGUCCAUGUGGGACAACAGCUUGACACAUCUUCCCGGUCAUCAAGUGUGGGAUGACUCCACUGCGGUUAGAAACUUAUUUCUUACUUCAGAGGGUGGCCCUGGCAAAACCAAAGUUCCCACAAAAGUCUCCUGUGAAGAAUGGGAUUGUACCGCGCUGUUCCAGGCCACCAUCUACGCCAAGUCCUUUGCUUUGCCCGACAGUGGAGGUCAUCACAAGACACUUGGUGAGCUGUUUGUGAAACCUCGAAAACUGGCUCAUGGAGUGUUCCAUGCAUCGAUGACCAGCCCGAGUGGAAACAAUGCUGAAACGGUUGCACUCGCGAUUGAUCAGCUUCGACUUUUAAGAAAUUCGCUUUGUCACUCACACACUUCUGAAAUUGUUAAAGCCACCUUUGACCAGUACGUGCAGCACGCUAAAGACGCAUUUAAAGCUCUUGGUGUCAAAACGGACCUUAUUGAUGGCAUAAGUGGUUUAACAGAGUCAGAAUUUCCCACAAAUGAGGUUCGUAAACUAGAAGAACGUAUCAAAGAGGAAUAUCGAGCUUAUGUAAGUUUCCUUCAACAACAGCAGCAUCAACUGGAGGGCAUCAGCUCAGGUGUGAAUGCCAUGGCCUUGAAAAUGGAAGCUAUGGCAACUAAAGACGACAUGCUGAAGAUGGUGGCAGAUGUUGUUGACCGAGAAAGGAAACGGAAAGAAAACGCUUGUUCACCAAGAAGCCUCUGGACGAACGAAAUUUCAACUGUAGUUUCACAUCUCAAGUCAGGUGAUUAUGUAUUAGCUCUUGAGUCCGCAAAGCGUGCCUUGGACAACAUAAGAAAGUUGUUUGGCGAGGAAAACUCAGACACAGCCCAAAGUUACUAUAUUUUGGGGGUCACACAGUAUUUCUUAGAUGAUUAUGCAUCAGCGCUUGAGUCUGCAAAGCGUGCCCUGGAUAUUAGGCGAAAGUUGUUCGGCGAAGAACACUCAGAUACAGCUCAAAGUUACCUUUCCUUGGGGGUCACCCAACAGUCCAUAGGUGAUUAUACAUCAGCUCUUGAGUCCAAACAGCGAGCCCUUGGCAUCAUAAGAAAGCUUCGUGGCGAGGAACACUCAGAAACAGCACAAAGUUACGAUUCUCUGGGAGCCACACAACACUCCUUAGGUGAUAAUACAUCAGCCCUUCAGUCUAAACAGCGAGCCCUUGACAACCGAAGAAAGCUGUUUGGCGAGGAACACUCAGACACAGCCAGAAGUUAUGAUUCUCUGGGGGCCACACAACAGUCCAUAGGUGAUCAUGCAUCAGCUCUUGAGUCUGCAAAGCGUGCCCUUGACAUCAGAACAAAGUUGUUUGGCGAGGAACACUCAGACACAGCCCAAAGUUACUAUUCUCUGGGGGCCACACAACAUUCCUUAGGUGAUCAUAAAUCAGCCCUUCAGUCUAAACAGCGAGCCCUUGACAUCAGAAGAAAGCUACUAGGCGAGGAACACUCAGACACAGCUCAAAGUUACGAUUCUCUUGGGGCCACACAACAUUCCCUAGGUGAUUACAUAUCAGCCCUUCAGUCUAAACAGCGAGCCCUUGCCAUUAGGAGAGAGCUGUUCGGCGAGGAACACUCACACACAGCCAGAAGUUACGAUUCUGUGGGGGCCACACAACAGUCCAUAUGUGAUCAUACAUCCGCUCUUGAGUCUUUUCAGCUUGCCCUUGACAUCAGAAGAAAGUUAUUCGGUGAAGAGUAUUCAGACACAGCUCAAAGUUACCAUUCUCUGGGGGCUACACAACAUUGCUUGGGUGAUGUUGUAUCAGCUCUUCAGUCCUUCCAGUGUGCCCUAGAUAUCACACGAAAACUGUUUGGCGAGGAACACCCAAACACAGCCCAAAGUUACGAUUCUCUGGGGUCCACACAACAUUCCCUGGGUGAUUAUACACAAGCCCUUCAGUCUAAACAGCGAGCCCUUGACAACAGGAGAAAGUUGUUUGGCGAGGAACACUCAGACACAGCCCAAAGUUACGAUUCUCUGGCGGUCACACAACAUUCCUUAGGUGAUCAUACAUCAGCCCUUCAGUCUAAACAGCGAGCCCUUGACAUCAGAAGAAAGCUACUAGGCGAGGAACACUCACACACAGCCCAAAGUUACGAUUCUCUUGGGGCCACACAACAUUCCUUAGGUGAUCAUACAUCAGCUCAUCAGUCUAAACAGCGAGCCCUUGACCUUAGAAGGAAGUUGUUUUGCGAGGAACACUUAGACACAGCUCAAAGUCACCAUUACCUCGGCGUAACGGAACAUUCCUUAGGUGAUCAUUCAUUAGCCCUUCAGUCUAAACAGCGAGCCCUGGAUAUCAGACGGAAGUUGCUUGGCGAGGAACACUCAGACACAGCCAAAAGUUACGGAGCCUUGGGAGUCACACAACAUGUCCUAGGUGAUCAUACAUCAGCCCUUCAGUCUAAACAGCGAGCCCUUUACCUUAGAAGAAAGCUGUUUGGCGAGGAACACCCAGACACAGCUCAAAGUUACCAUUCCUUGGGCGUAACGGAACAUUCCUUAGGUGAUCAUUCAUCAGCCCUUCAGUCUAAACAGCGAGCCCUGGACAUCAGACGGAAGUUACUUGGCGAGGAACACUCAGACACAGCUCAAAGUUGCCAAUCCUUGGGGGUUACACAGCAUUCCUUAGGCGAUUUUGCAUCAGCUCAGAAAUCUGAACAACGUGCCCUAGACAUUAGACACAAGUUGUUCGGCGGGGAACACUGAUACACGGGUCAAAGUUAGCAUUCUCUGAGCGUCACAAAACGUUCCUUAUCGAUUCCUUAGGUGAUUAUAUAUCAGCUUGAUAGUCUAAACAGCGUGCUCAUGAAAUCAGAAGCAAGUCGUUCGGCAAGGAACACUCGUACACAGCUCAAAGAAACGCUUCAAUGGCGAAGACAUUGGGAAAACUAGGAAAGUUGACUGUAGCUCUUUAGUCUAAACAGCGUGCCCGUGACAUUUAAAAGAAGUUAUGAACUGGAUAAUAGACUUCCGCAUCUAAGCAUAAAUAUAAGGGGCUAAUUAUUGACAGUAAAAAUAGGAUGCAAGUUUUAGAGGGCCGUGGGUCAAGGUAGGAACGAGCGAGGAGAGUGGAGCUCUUUGCAGUCUUUUGUGCUGCCAUGGACACGUUUUUUUUCUUGGACAAUUUUUAGGCGGGCUAAUUGUACUAAAUGAGUAUUUGUAUAUACAGUUUUUGAAGCAAGAAAUCGUGAGCAAUCUAUACAAGUUCACUUAGGGAUAACUGAUCAUGUUUACUUCGCUGCAACUCAGACUCAUUUGAUGAUUUCUCAUAAUGUCUAGACAAUGCUUGUGAAUAUUGGCGAGGCUUUUUGUGCAGCGUUUACUCAUGAGUGCGUUGUCAAAGUGUUCAAAUUCACGGUAAUGGAUUAUUCUGGCUAAAUGCACCUACACAACUCAUUUAGAAAAAUUUCUUUCAGCAGAGCGUAAGGUGAUGUAUUUGUUCCAUUACUAGUUAGAGACAACAAAUGCAGAGAAAAUCCCCUGUUUAUCUGAAAAACCGUUGUAGGGUUUUUUUAGAGUGUGAAAAUUAUACCAUUGAAUAUUUCUUUUUGUCAAAGCAAAAUGAAGGCAGAGAGAAACCAUCAGUCACUUUUCUCAGGUAUUUUUUUUAACAUUAAAAAAUAUGCAUUGAAGAUGACAUCGAAAGACUUUUUUCCAUCUAUUCCAAUCUAAGUAAAAUAAAAUUUGAGAAAAUAGUACAUAUAUUGUCCUUUAUUUCGUACGGUAUAGAAAAAAAAAAGGCUAAUUAGUUCAUUGUUAUUGAAUUUAAACACGGGUUUUCCAGUUUUCGAUCAAUUUCUGGAAGAGGAGUGUACUUUUGCAGUAUGUAAAUAAAAUUAGUUUUAGUUUAACUGUCUAUUUUUUUUUCAUUCCGAGUGAAUUUAAAAAAGAUGAUUGUUUUGAUGUAGAAAUUUACGUGAAGUAUAUUGGAAGGUUCUAAACGAAAUUUAGAAGCCUUAUAAACUAAUCUGGGGGUAUCAGGAUGGUGAGAGGGAGAAGGUGGUAGAGCAUCUCUAAAGACUAAGUACGAUUAAAACUCUUUCACUCCUAAGAUCUCCUUGGAAAUUCUCCUUUCUUUCUCCCAUAUGAUUCACAUGAUGUUAGUUCAAAGAAUUGGUUUUGAUUCAAUUAUUAUUAAAAACUGGAUCAUUGGAUAAUGC